GUGUUCUGUCAGUCAAAGCGAAAGGAGCUCCUUUCAUUUUUCUCUCAAUUAAUUCGUUUUUAAUUGUUUUUGCAGCAAAAAUGGAUCCCCAACACGUUUCCAAAAGCUUCUUAGAGUGGUUUGACACCCAACAGAACUGCGACGUAUACUUUUCGUGGACAGAUUUGGCAAAUCCCGAAUCGAAGAAGCACAUUGGAGCUCACAAGAUGAUUCUUGCCACGGCUAGUUACGUUUUUCAUGAAAAUUUCUACGGACCAUUGGCUACCAAAGAAGAUAAUCCCAUCUACGAAUCUCCCAUUGCUGAUUUUUCGGCUUUUAAAAUGUUUUUGAGUUUCAUCUAUGGACGAAAAAUUACGUUCGAAAGCAUUCAAGUCGCUAGUAAUUUUUACAUUGCAGCUAAUUAUUACGAAUGCAAGCAUGCAAUUAAGUUCGUCUUAAAUUACCUUUUGGACAAUCUGUGUCGUGAAAAUUCGAUUGAAUUCUAUAAAUUUGGAGUCCGAUUCAACUUUAAGGAAUUGCAAGAUGCUGUUUGGAAGACUAUUUCUGCAGACAAGAAGAUUUUGGAACGCGAAAAAUUCUUAUCGGCAGCACCAGAAUUUGUUGUUAAAUUAUACGAAAAGAGAAAAACUUUGUCAGUUAAGACUGAAAAAGAGUUUUUGGUCGCUUUGGAACGUUACAUUGCCCAAAAUUUGACAAAAGAUCCAAAAAUAGCUGAAAAAAUUCGUGCUGCUAUUCAAAAAAUUGACUUUUUGAAGUUAACAAAAGAAGAAGUUCGUAACACUACACUUUUGUCUAAAGAUGAAAAGGCUAAAAUUUUCGCAAAAUUGAAAUUAAAUGGAAAAUACGGCUCACAAUUUGAAGAAAAUCCGUUUGAUGACAUUACACCCCAUGAUGCGAUCAAAUUUGAGUUUGAUGAAUGGAUGGCAUAUCAAGAUGCAAACUGUGAAGAGGAUGAUCUCUUCGAAGGAGCUUUUCAAGAUUAUGAUGAAGAUGGUUUUCUUCUUGAUUACAAUGAGCAAGAGUACAUUUGUGACUUUUAAAGUCCCAAAAAACAAAUUAAUUACAUUUUUUUUAUAAAAAAAAUUAUUCCAAUUGCUUGGAAAUUCUCUUCAAAAUGAAGGAAACUUACUAUUUUUUUUUCUGUGAGAAAUAAAAAGAAAACAAAGAAUUUAAAA